AUGGACCCGUGGACGUCAAGCAAGAAGCCCCAUGCACGUCAGGCACACUUUCACCCACUGCAAGACUCGCUCGCCCCUAACACACCUGACCUUGCCCAUCUGUGCAUAGCCGCCACCUCUGGAGCAGCGGACGCGCAAUCCGCAGUGCGCUACGGACCGAAGCGCUGUUUGCGCGUAGACGGCAGCCAUGGAGUCGAUAAGUCGCAUCUCGAGCUUGCUGGAGACAGCUUUGGGCGUCUUCUGCGCGCAUUGGUGGCUGUCAUGCAUCCGUCCAACUUUGCUCACUGGUCUCUCUCUACAGCUCGCGAUCUUACCCUCGAAGCCGCCAACAAUGCCAGCAGCGUCCGCCGAGCGCCCACCAAGGAGCUGCCCUCGGGCCAGCUCAAGAAGCUCCUGGACAGCAGGGCCGAGCGCGAAGUGCUGGAGGGCUUGCGACGAGUCGUUACUACACUGCCAUUCUUCUCCCACGUGAUCAAGAACGUUGCGUCGCCCUCGCUGCCCGUCAAAAAGCUCGUCUACAUCUACCUCCUCCAGCAUGCCGAACACGAGCCAGAUACCGCGCUGCUCUCCAUCAACACGAUACAGAAGUCGCUCACCGACACGAACCCCCAACUUCGCGCGCUCGCACUGCGCGUCAUGUCGAGCAUACGAGUGCCCGUCAUCAGCCAGAUCGUGAGCUUGGGCAUCAAGAGAGGAGCAGGAGACAUGUCGCCGCUUGUAAGAAGAGCGGCUGCACUGGCCAUACCGAAGUGCUAUCGACUAGAUCCAAACACGGAGCCGCAAUUACUCGAAUACCUGUCGCAAUUGCUGGGUGACAAGCAGUACUUUGUCACGGGCGCAGCAGUCGCAGCCUUCCUCGAAUUAUGCCCCGACCGCCUCGAUCUGCUCCAUCCGCAUUACCGCUCACUGGUCCGGAAACUGGUUGACAUGGACGAAUGGGGCCAGUUGGCCACUCUACGCUUGAUGAUGGUGUAUGCGCGUAAAUGCUUCCCACGACGGACGAAGAAGGUCCCCAAAGCCUCGAGUAGCAACAACACUGCCGCAAAGACGACCAAGAGCACAAAGGGAUUCUACGACACGGAGAGUGAUUCAGAAGAGGAAGAGAAAGAGCAUGAGUCAAACAUGGAAGAGGUUGCUGUGCUGGACCCCGAUCUUGAACUGCUUCUGAAAGCUUGCCAGCCACUUCUGCAGUCUCGCAAUGCUGCUGUGGUGGUAGCAGUAGCACGAGCAUAUCUAUACCUCGGUACACCAGAAUACCUCGUUCAGGCUGUCGGACCACUGGUAUCGCUUCUGAGAUCUGCAGGCGACAUCCAGCACAUUGCACUCUACAACAUUGUCCAGGUCUGUUUGAGCCAUCCGGAGCCAUUCGUCAAGUACUACACACACUUCCUUGUUCGCUCAACGGAUGCCCCACAUAUUUGGCGCCUCAAGCUAGAGCUCCUGACGUUGAUCUUUCCAUAUGCGCAGCCAAGGUUGCAAAGCCUGAUUUUAGCUGAGCUCAGCCACUUCUCGCAUUCUGGAAGUCUUGAUGCGGCGCUGGUCAAGGAAUCUGUGCGUGCGAUCGGAAGAUGUUCGCAGAGUCCUGCGACGAGCCCACAGACGUCAGCCAGAUGCCUGCGCCUGUUGCUGAAACACAUUGGAUCUGCGGACGGCCAUCUAGUCGCUGAGUCACUUGAAGUCAUUCGACACCUCAUUCAACGAGACCCCAGUGCUCAUCGAAUGACUGUCGUACGACUUGCCAAACAUCUCGACGCAGCAACGAGCCCACAAGCAAGAGCAAGCAUCAUAUGGCUCGUCGGCGAGUUUGCGGGUCUCGACCCCGAGAACAACAUUGCCGCAGACGUCUUGCGCAUUUUGGUGAAGGGCUUCGCAGAUGAAGCGGAACCGGCUAAGCUUCAAAUCGUGUUGCUAGCUGCGAAAGUCUACAUCCAUCAUCUCACCGCGAACCCACCACCGGAGCCAGUGAAGCUUGAAGAGAAGAAGGAUAAUACGUCGUUAAUGGACAACUUCCAGGAAGAAGAAGGUGGUUUCCGGGACACUGAUCUCGAAGUACCGCCCGAGCCUAAAGAGCAAGAAAAGCCUCACCCCGUCAAGGCCAUUUACGAUCAUCUACUUCUGCUCACCAGAUAUGACACCUCCUACGACCUCCGUGACCGCGCACGCGUCUACAAAGCCCUCCUCGCAACCCCCACCUCCACACAGCUCGCAUCCCUUCUCCUCCUCGCCCCCAAACCCGUCCCGCACAUCCCCAGCCCCAGCGAGACCCGCAAAGGCUAUGUCCUCGGCAGUGCCAGCCUCGUCAUCGGCGACGAAGGAGGCGUCGGUGGUCUACGCGGCUACGACGACCUCCCGCGCUGGGUCAAAGACGGGCACGAACCCGAUCCCGCACUGCGCGACGAGGUUGUUCCAUCCACUACUACUUCGACGUACGAAUCUGCGCGGGCAAUGACAGCGGCUGAUAGACUUGAUGCCGCUGCUGGGCCGAUGAGUAGUAGAACGCCGGAUAGUAUUCUGUCGCCGAGGAGUGCGAAUGGUGUUGGUGGUGGGGAGGGUAAGGGCAAGGAAAAGACGCUGGAUGAUUGGCUCGCGGAGGAGAGUGCGAGUGAAGAGUCGGGGAGUGAGGAAGAGGAGGAGACGGAGGAGGAGGAGAGCAGCGAGUAUGAGACUGAGAGCGAGAGUGGGGAUGAGGGCGAGGGGGAUAGACUGGUUAAAUAG